GGAGGGGUUAUGUAACGUGGGAAGAGGCGCAGAUGCUAAAAUAGGGAUAUCGUGUGGUCCUCGGCAGCACACAUACAGCACUGUUUAUUUCGGGGAAGUCCCUCUCAGGCGCGUUUCAAUGGCACACAUCUUUAUAACACUCUUUACGCACGAAGGCGAGCAGGAUGGAGCAGAACAGAACUCCGCUCACUAAACAGAAGAAAAGUGGGCCGGGCUUGUGACAAAGUGUCUGCAAUCUGACACGACCCUGUGUUUGUGUGUCCUCCGUGUGGCUCGGGUAGGGGAGAGGGGAAAGUUUUGAGGGCUGGUAACGAUCAAGAGAAAAACGCAAAGGAGGGGUUGUUUUCUGGAGAGUCCUGAGCUGUUGCUUUACGCGCGGCACAAACACACGCCGGGAUGGCGGGAGUGGAGGAUACGAUGCGCGCUACGGUGCCGUCCUGGUGCGGAGGCUUGGAGCUGGAAAUGAUAUACCGACGAACUAAUUACAUCCACGAGAUGAGCUGCGGGGAAGUGGGGCCUCUUCUGUACAGCAGGAUGUGCUGCGCAGAUGAACGGGACAGAGUUCAGAAAAAGACUUUCACAAAAUGGGUCAACAAGCACCUGAUGAAGUCCCAGAGACACAUCACGGACCUGUACGAGGACCUCAGAGAUGGACACAACCUCAUCUCCCUGCUGGAGGUGCUCUCCGGAGAUACACUGCCGAGGGAACGGGACGUUGUGAGGAACGUGCGGUUGCCACGGGAGAAAGGUCGUAUGCGCUUCCACAAGCUGCAGAAUGUACAGAUCGCCCUGGACUUCCUCAAACACAGACAGGUCAAACUGGUCAACAUCAGGAAUGAUGACAUUGCAGAUGGAAACCCAAAGCUGACCUUGGGGCUGAUAUGGACCAUCAUCCUUCACUUCCAGAUCUCAGACAUCCAGGUGAACGGCCAGUCGGACGACAUGACGGCCAAAGAGAAGCUGCUGCUCUGGUCUCAGAGGAUGGUGGAGGGAUACCAGGGUCUGCGCUGCGACAACUUCACCACAGGCUGGAGGGACGGCAAGCUGUUCAACGCCAUCAUACACAAACACAGGCCCACUCUGAUUGACAUGGGUAAAGUGUACCGGCAGUCCAACCAGGAGAAUCUGGAGCAGGCCUUCAGCGUGGCCGAGAGAGACCUGGGCGUCACCAGACUGCUGGACCCCGAAGAUGUUGAUGUGCUUCACCCUGAUGAGAAAUCCAUCAUUACAUAUGUCUCCUCUCUGUACGAUGCCAUGCCCAGGGUACCAGACGUUCAGGAGGGUGUCAAAGCCAACGAGCUGGAGCUGCGUUGGCAGGAGUAUUAUGAGCUGGUCACCAUGCUGCUGCAGUGGAUCAGACAUCACAUCAUGGUGUUCGAGGAGAAGAAGUUCCCCAACAGCUACGAGGAGAUUGAGGUUCUUUGGCGUCAGUUUCUGAAGUUUAAGGAAACAGAGCUUCCUGCGAAAGAGUCUGAUAAGAACCGCUCCAAACACAUCUUCAAAUCUUUUGAAGGUGCAGUUCAGGCCGGUCUUGUCAAAGUGCCUCCCGGUUACCACCCCUUCGACGUGGAGAAGGAAUGGGGUCGCCUGCACGUCGCCAUCCUGGAGAGAGAGCGUCUCCUCAGGAAAGAAUUUGAGAGGCUGGAGCAACUCCAGAGGGUCGUCAGUAAGGUCCAGAUGGAGUCGGGGGUGUGUGAGGAGCAGCUGAACCAGGUGGAGACUCUGCUGCAGAUGGACAUGAGGAUGAUGAACUCAGGGAAACCUGCUCAGCACACCGCAGAGAUGGAGGCAGAUCUGGAGAAAGCAGAAGGAAUGAUCCGCUUCCUCUUCAAUGAUGUUCAGCUGCUCAAAGACGGGCGCCACCUUCAGGCUGAACAGAUGUAUCGCAGGGUGUAUCGUCUCCACGAGAGGCUGGUGAACCUCCGCAGCGAGUACAACCUGCGCCUGAAGUCCGGCGUCACCACCUCCCAGAUCCCCAUGACCCAGAUCCACACCUCCCAGAUCCCCAUGACUCAGAUCCACACCUCCCAGAUCCCCAUGACUCAGAUCCACACCGCCCAGGUCACCACCCUGCAGCAGGCCCCCAUGAGGGUGAGGCCCGAGCUGGAUGAAGUCACCAUGCGCUACAUCCAAGAUCUUCUGGGCUGGGUGGAGGAGAACCAGCGGCGGGUGGAUGACGGGCAGUGGGGCUCAGACCUGCCCACCGUGGAGUCCCAGCUGGGCAGCCACCGCGGCCUGCACCAGUCCGUGGAGGAGUUCCACUCCAAGAUCCAGAGGGCCAAGGCCGAUGAGAGUCAGAUCUCACCUGCCAGUAAAGGUGCCUAUCGCGACUAUCUGGGAAAACUGGAGCUGCAGUAUGGCAAGCUCCUGAACGCGUCUAAGGCCCGGCUACACUCCCUGGACCAGCUGCACGCCUUCGUCAUCGCUGCCACCAAAGAGCUGAUGUGGCUGAAUGAGAAGGAGGAGGAGGAGGUGAACUACGACUGGAGCGAACGCAACACCAACAUGACGGCCAAGAAAGACAACUACUCGGGUCUGAUGAGAGACUUGGAGCUCAGGGAGAAGAAGGUGAGCGUCGUCCAGGCAACAGGAGACAAACUGCUGAGGGACGGACACCCAGCCAGGAAGACUGUAGAGGCCUUCACUGGAGCUCUGCAGACUCAGUGGAGUUGGCUCCUGCAGCUGUGCUGCUGUGUAGAAACCCACCUGAAAGAAAAUACCGCAUACUACCAAUUUUUCUCUGACGUGAAGGAGGCAGAGGACAAGAUCAAAAAGAUGCAGGACACGACGAAGAGGAAGUACACCUGCGACCGCUCCGUCACAGUCACACGGCUGGAAGAUCUCCUGCAGGACGCCGCUGAUGACAAAGAACAACUGACUGAGUUCCAAACCCACCUGGAAGGCCUGAAGCGAAGAGCCAAGACCAUCAUCCAGCUGAAACCACGUAACCCUGCCACCGCCAUAAAGGGCAAGCAGCCCAUCCAGGCUGUAUGCGACUUCAAACAAAUGGAGAUCACCGUCCACAGAGGAGACGAGUGCGCUCUGUUGAACAACUCGCAGCCUUACAAGUGGAGGGUGCUGAAUGAUAAAGGCAACGAGUCGUCUGUUCCCUCCAUCUGCUUCCUGGUUCCUCCCACCAAUAAGGACGCUGUGAACAGUGUCGCCGGACUGGAUGGAAACCUGCAGCGGCUGCACACCAUGUGGCAGAACAUGUUCCUGGACAUGAAGAGCAUGCUGUCCUAUCAGUACCUGAUGAGAGACAUACACAUCAUCAAAACCUGGAACGUCACCAUGUUUAAGACCCUAAGGGUGGAGGAGUACCGUCUGGCCCUGAGGAACCUGGAGCUGCACUACCAGGACUUCCUGAGAGACAGCCAGGACUCUGAGACGUUCGGGGCGGAGGACCGCAUGCAGGUGGAGUCCAACUACAACAAAGCCAACCAGCACUACAACACCAUGGUCAGCUCUGCAGAACAAGGCUAUGUGCCCCCCAGAGCAGGAGAGCAAGAUGAGUCGGUGUGCAAGACUUACCUGACGCAGAUCAAAGACCUCCGCCUCAGGCUGGAGGGAUGUGAGAACAGAACAGUGACACGCCUCCGCCAGCCUGUGGACAAGGAGCCUCUGAAAGCCUGCGCCAUGAAGACUGCAGAGCAAAUGAAAGUCCAGUCCGAGCUGGAGGGCUUAAAGAAAGACUUGAACUCCAUCUCUGAGAAGACGGAGGAGGUUCUGGCUUCUCCACAGCAGACUAGCUCCGCCCCCAUGCUGCGCUCCGAGCUGGACGUCACGCUGAGGAAGAUGGACCAUGUCUACGGCCUCUCCUCCGUCUACCUGGACAAGCUGAAGACCAUUGACGUGGUGAUCAGGAACACUAAAGAAGCAGAAGACGCGCUGAAGACUUACGAGAGUCGUCUGCUUGAUGUUAACAAAGUUCCAGAGAAUGAGAAGGAGGUGGAGGAGCAGCGUAGUCAGCUGAAGUCAAUGCGUGCCGAAGUAGAGGCCGACCAGGUUAUAUUCGACCGCCUGCAGGACGAGCUGAGGAAAGCGUCGACCAUCAACGACAAGAUGACGAGGAUCCACAGCGAGCGCGACGCCGAGCUGGAGCAUUACCGUCAGCUGGUCAGCAGCCUGCUGGAGCGCUGGCAGGUCGUGUUCGCUCAGAUGGACAUGAGGCAGCGGGAGCUCAACCUCCUCGGGCGCCACAUGAACUCCUACAACGUGAGCUACGAGUGGCUCAUCCACUGGCUGGGAGAGGCCAGAAAGAGGCAGGAGAAGAUCCAGGCUGUGCCCAUCGGAGGCAGCAAGGCUCUCAGGGAGCAGCUGGCAGAGGAGAAGACUCUCCUGGAAGAGAUUGAGAAAAACAAGGACAAGAUUGACAGUUGCCAGAAAAAUGCAAAGGCUUACAUCGAUUCAGUCAAGGAUUAUGAGCUCCAGAUUUUGACUUACAAAGCCCUCCAGGAUCCCAUGGCAUCUCCUUUAAAGAAACCCAAAAUGGACUGUGCUACUGAUAACAUCAUCCAGGAGUAUGUAACUCUGAGAACCCGCUACAGUGAGCUGAUGACUCUCACCAGUCAGUACAUUAAGUUCAUCACAGAGACGCAGCGCCGCCUGGAGGACGAUGAGAAAGCUUCUGAAAAACUAAAAGAACAGGAGAGGAAAAAGAUGGCAGAGAUACAAGCCGAGUUAGAUAAACAGAAACAGUUAGCUGAAGCUCAAGCUAAGUCUGUGAUUAAAGCAGAACAAGAAGCCCAGGAGCUGAAGUUGAAGAUGAAAGAAGAAGCCAGCAAGAGGCAAGAUGUUGCCGUGGACGCUGAGCAACAGAAGCAAAACAUACAGCACGAGCUGCAUCAUCUGAAGAGUCUGUCAGAGCAGGAGAUCAAGUCCAAGAGUCAGCAGCUUGAGUAUGCGCUGGUCAGUCAUACCAAAAUCGAGGAGGAGAUCCACACAAUUCGCAUCCAGCUAGAGAUGACAAUAAAACAGAAGAAAACUGCUGAGUCGGAGCUACAGCAGCUCAGAGACAAGGCAGCUGAGGCGGAGAAGCUCAGGAAAGCUGCUCAGGAGGACGCAGAAAGGCUCCGCAAGCAGGUGGCCGAAGAAACUCAGAAAAAGAAAAAUGCAGAAGACGAGCUGAAACGUAAAUCUGAGGCAGAAAAAGAGGCCGCCAAGCAGAAGCAGAAGGCGUUGGAUGACCUGCAGAAAUUCAAAAUGCAAGCCGAGGAGGCAGAGAGACGCAUGAAACAGGCUGAGGAGGAGAAACUGAGGCAGAUCAAGGUAGUAGAGGAAGUGGCACAAAAGAGUGCUGCUACACAGCUGCAAACCCAUUCCAUGUCAUUCAACGUGAAGGCAACCAAACUGGAGGAAUCCCUCAAGAAAGAGCAAGGCACGGUCCUCCAGCUGCAGGAGGAAGCUGAACAACUCAGGAAACAACAAGAGGAAGCUAAGAAAGCCAGGGAGCAGGCAGAGAAAGAGCUUGAAACAUGGAGACAGAAAGCCAAUGAGGCUCUCCGCUUGAGGCUGCAGGCCGAAGAGGAAGCCCAAAAGAAGAGCAAGACUCAAGAGGAGGCAGAGAGGCAGAAAGUCGAAGCAGAGCGGGAUGCCAAAAAAAGGGCUAAAGCUGAAGAUGCUGCUUUGAAACAGAAGGAUAAUGCAGAGAAAGAGUUGGAGAAACAAAGGACAUUUUCAGAACAAGUAGCCCAGCAAAAGCUCUCUGCAGAACAGGAGUGCAUUCGACUGAAGGCUGACUUUGACCAUGCCGAACAACAGAGGGGUCUGUUGGAUAAUGAGCUCCAGCGUCUGAAAAAGGAGGUGAGUGCCGCCGAAAGGCAGAGAAAAGUACUGGAAGAAGAGCUGGCUAAAGUCAGAAGUGAAAUGGAUUCUCUUCUGAAGAUGAAAACUGAAACUGAAAAGAAGACGAUGUCCAACACAGAAAAGAGUAAGCAGCUUCUUGAGUCUGAAGUUUUGAAAAUGAAACAACUUGCUGAUGAAGCGACCAGGCUGAGAUCAGUCGCUGAAGAGGCGAAGAAGCAGAGGCAGACUGCUGAGGAAGAGGCAGCCCGGCAGAGAGCGGAGGCUGAGAACAUCCUCAAAGAAAAGCUGGCUGCCAUUAACGAGGCAACUCGCCUGAGGACUGAGGCGGAGAUCGCUCUGAAAGCUAAAGAAGCAGAAAACGAACGACUGAAAAGAAAAGCCGAGGACGAAGCUUAUCAGAGGAAGCUGCUGGAAGAUCAAGCCGCUCAGCAUAAACAUGACAUACAAGAGAAAAUCAUUCACCUAAAGAGCUCCUCUGAUUCUGAGCUGGUGAGGCAGAAAAGUAUCGUGGAAGAAACUCUGAGGCAAAAGAAGAUUGUUGAAGAAGAAAUUCACAUCAUCAGGAUCAACUUUGAGAAAGCAUCCAAAGGAAAGUCUGAUUUGGAGAAUGAGUUAAAGAAGCUGAAGGUUAUUGCUGAGGAGACACAGAAGAGCAAACUCAAAGCGGAAGCAGAGGCCGAGAAACUUAAAAAGCUUGCUGCAGAGGAAAAGAAGAAGAGGAAGGAAUCUGAGGAGAAGGUGAAGAGGAUUACUGCAGCGGAGGAAGAGGCGGCUCGACAAUGCAAAGCCGCCCAGGAGGAAGUUGCACGCCUCGAAAAAAAAGCUGAUGAAGCAAAUAAACAAAAAGAAAAGGCUGAAAAGGAGGCAGAGAAGCAGGUUAUUGUGGCCAAAGAGGCAGCGCAGAAAUGCACUUCUGCAGAGCAAAAGGCCCAAGAGGUUCUCAGCAAGAACAAGGAAGAUAGCCUUGCUCAGCAAAAGAUGAAAGAGGAGUUUGAAAAUGCUAAGCAACUUGCCCAAGCAGCUGAGAAAGCUAAAGAGAAAGCAGAGAGAGAGGCUGCCUUGCUCCGACAAAAAGCUGCAGAGGCUGAGAAGCAGAAGAAACGUGCAGAGGAGGAAGCUGCGAAACAGGCCAAAGCUCAAAGAGAUGCAGAAAGACUGAAGAAAGCAGCAGAGGAGGAGGCAUCCAAGCGAGCAGCAGCUGAGGCAGAAGCUCUGAAGCAGAAAAAGCAGGCAGAUGCAGAAAUGGCCAAGCACAAAAAAGAAGCGGAACAAGCUCUUAAGCUGAAGUCUCAGGUUGAGAAGGAACUAACAAUGGUUAAACUCAGACUGGAUGAGACUGAUAAGCAAAAAGCUCUGUUGGAUGAGGAGCUUCAGCGAGUCAAAGGGGAAGUGAAUGAUGCCGUCAAGCAGAAGGCACAGGUGGAGGAGGAACUGGCCAAAGUUAGAAUCCAGAUGGAUGAGCUUCUUAAACUUAAGCUCAAGAUUGAGGAACAAAAUCGAAGCCUCAUGAAGAAAGACAAAGAUAAAACACAGAAAGUACUUGCGGAGGAAGCAGGGAAGAUGAAGAGCCUGGCAGAAGAGGCUGCCAGACUAAGUGUGGAAGCUGAGGAAACAGCCAGACAGAGACAGAUUGCAGAGUCCAACUUGGCUGAACAACGGGCACUUGCAGAAAAAAUGCUUAAGGAGAAAAUGCAGGCAAUCCAAGAGGCAACCAAACUGAAAGCGGAGGCACAGGAGCUCCAGAAGCAGAAAGAUCAGGCACAGGAAAAGGCUAGAAAACUAUUAGAGGACAAACAGCAGAUCCAGCAGCGCCUUGAUAAGGAGACGGAGGGCUUCCAAAAGUCAUUAGAGGCUGAGCGGAAGAGGCAGCUUGAGGUCUCAGCUGAGGCAGACACACUGAAACUGAAGGUGAAAGAGCUCAGUGACGCUCAGUCAAAAGCUGAAACCGAGGCGAAGAAAUUCAAGAAACAAGCAGAUGAAGCAAAAGCGCGCCUUAAAGACACUGAAAAACAAAGCACAGAAACCGUUGUGCAGAAGCUGGAGACACAGAGGCUGCAGAGCACCAGAGAGGCUGAUGGAUUGAAGGAAGCCAUCGCUGACCUUGAGAAAGAGAGGGAGAAACUGAAAAAAGAGGCGGAGGAGCUACAGAACAAAUCAAACGAGAUGGCGAACACCCAAAAAGAACAAAUAGAGCAACAGAAGGCCAUUAUACAGCAGUCCUUCAUCACAGAGAGAGAACUGUUGUUGAAAAGAGAAAAGGCUGUUGAAGAUGAGAAAAAGAAACUCCAGAAACAGUUUGAGGAUGAAGUGAAGAAGGCCAAAGCUCUCAAAGAUGAACAAGAACGUCAGAAAAAGCUAAUGGAAGAGGAGAAAAAGAAACUACAGGCCAUUAUGGAUGCGGCGGUUAAAAAACAAAAGGAGGCUGAGGCAGACAUGAAAAACAAGCAGACAGAAAUGGAAGUGCUUGAAAAGAAAAGGCUUGAUCAAGAAAAACAGCUGGGAGCAGAAAACCAAAAGCUCAGGGAGAAACUUCAGUGUCUUGAGGGUGCCUCCAAACAAAGUGCAACCAAACAGGUUGCCUCCAAAACGAUUGAAGUGCAGACUGAUGUGGUCCCUGAAGAGCAGUUAGUUACCAUGACCAUGGUGGGAACAACGAAGACAGUCUUCAAUGGCUCUGUUGAAGUGGACGGAGCGAAGAAAGUUGCAGAAUCACCGUUUGCGUUUGAUGGAAUAAGAGAGAAGGUUCCUGCUGAAAGGCUUCAUGACAUUGGCAUCCUAACCAAAAAGGAAUUGGACAAAUUGAAAAAGGGCAAAGUCUCAGUGCAAGACCUCGCAAAGACCGAUAAAGUAAAAUCUUGCCUUCAGGGUCAGAGCUGUGUGGGAGGUAUCUUGACUCCAUCCAAAGAGAGAAUUAGUGUCUAUCAGGCUUUGAAAGAGAACAAGAUCACUCCAAACACUGCCACAAUGCUUCUGGAAGCUCAAGCUGCUUCCGGGUACAUUGUAGAUCCAGUGAAAAAUAAACUUCUCUCUGUGGAUGAGGCAGUUAAAUCCGAGUUAAUUGGCCCCGAGCUGCAUGACAGGAUGCUCUCUGCAGAGCGAGCAGCCACUGGCUUCAAAGAUCCAUAUACUGGAGACAAAAUCUCUCUCUUUGAGGCCAUGAAGAUGGGCCUUAUUGAAAAAGAGCCGGCCACAAAAUUCCUUGAUGUGCAGCUUGCAACUGGUGGCAUUGUUGACCCGAUCAAUAGCCAUAGAGUGCAACUGCAGACUGCAUACAAGCAGGGUCAGUUUGAUGCUGACAUGAACAAGAAACUCACUGAUCCUAGUGAUGAUUGCAAAUUAUUCAUUGACCCAAGCACUCAGGAGCCACUCUCCUACAAACAGUUGCUUGAGAAAUGCACAAAGGAUGCAGAGACGGGACUGCUGAUAUUACCAGUAACAGAGAAAGCCACUCAGAGUGAGAGAACAUACACAGAUCUGGAGACUAAACAAGUGUUCAGCACAUCAAACGUCAUUGUGCCUUUUGGAAGGUUUAAAGGCAAAACUGUCACCAUUUGGGAAGUCAUCAAUUCUGAAUAUUUCACCGAAGAGCAAAGAAGAGAUUUGAUUCGCCAGUACAAGACAGGCAAGAUCACGGUAGAGAAAAUAUUUAAAAUUGUCAUCACUGUUGUGGAAGACAAGGAGAAGGAAAGUAAAAAUGUGUUCAUGGGUUUGAGGGCACCAGUGUCUGCCAGUGAGCUGUUAGAGUCUAAAAUUAUCAACAAAGACUUGUUUAACAAGUUGAGUAACGGCAAAACAACAGUGAAAGAGAUCUCUGAGAUGGAGCCUGUGAAAAAGGCUCUUCAAGGAACACCCAGCAUUGGUGGACUUUUGAAUGAACCAACAAAGGAGAAAAUGCCAUUUUAUCAAGCUAUGAAGAAAGAAUUACUGUCACCAGAAACGGUGGCGAACCUUCUUGAAGCUCAAGCAGCGACUGGUUUUGUAAUUGAUCCCAUCAAAAAUGAGAGGGUGACUGUUGAUGAAGCUGUUAAGUCGGGUCUUGUGGGCCCCGAGCUUCAUGAGCGUCUUCUGUCUGCAGAGAGAGCCGUCAGUGGCUACAAAGAUCCAUAUACAGGAAAGAAGGUGUCUCUGUUUGAAGCCAUGAACAAAGGCCUCAUAAAGAAAGACCAUGGCAUGCGUUUGCUUGAGGCACAAUUGUCAACAGGCGGAAUUAUUGACCCUAUUAACAGCUAUCGCAUCCCUCAUGACCUUGCCUGCAAGCGUGGAUAUUUUGACGAGGAAAUCGGUAAGACAUUGAACAAAAACACUGAUGACACAAAAGUGUUUUAUGAUCCUAACUCGCAAGAGGAUUCAACCUAUGCUCAGCUUAUGGAUACAUGUGUCACAGACAAAGAAACUGGACUCCCAUUGCUUCAUCUUUCAAAGAAAGCUGCUAAGCCAAAAGAAGAAAAACAGAUUACAGAGGCUAAGACAGAAGAGGCUUUGAACCAUUCGACUAUGGAACUGGACUAUGGCCCUUUCAAAGGAAGAAAAGUCACAAUAUGGGAGAUAAUACACUCUGAAUACAUCACUGAGGUGCAAAGAUUAGAGCUGAUACGCCAGUACAGAACGGGGCAAGUUACAAUUGAAAGGUUGUUAACGAUUGUGAUAACAAUUGUUGAGGAAAAAGGAGACAAAACAAAGGAAGAGGCUUGUUUUGAAGGCCUAAGAGCACCAGUCACUGCUAGCUCCUUGCUUGAUUCCAACAUCAUCGACAAGGCUACAUUUGACCAAAUCCUACAGGGUAAAAAGACACCCAAAGAAAUAAGUGAAACUGAUAAGGUACGGAAGUACUUGCAGGGCACAGACCGUGUUGACGGUAUCACCAUGGAAGAUUCAAAUGACAAGCUAAGCAUAUAUCAAGCCAUGAAGAAGAAUGUUUUGCAGCAAGAAACUGGGCUUGCACUACUGGAGGCCCAAGCUGGAACUGGUUUCAUAACUGAUCCGGUCAAAAAUCAAAAAUACUCUGUGGACGAUGCUGUGAAGGUUGGAGUUGUUGGCCCAGAGCUUCAUGAGAAACUUCUCGCCGCUGAAAAAGCAGUGACUGGAUACAAAGACCCGUACACAGGCAGUAAGAUUUCUCUAUUCCAAGCCAUGAAGAAAGAGCUUGUCCUGAGGGAGCAUGCCAUUCCUCUCCUGGAGGCUCAGUUUAGUACGGGAGGUAUCAUUGAUCCAGUGAGCAGCCAUCGUGUUCCCAAUGAUGUGGCCAUUCAACGUGGCUAUUGCAGUAAACAAAUGUCCAAGUCCUUCAAUGAACCCUCCGGUGAUGUUAAAGGCUUCACUAAUCCCAACACCAAUGAAAGUGUUACUUACAAGCAGUUGGUUGAGAAAUGCGCAAGAGAUGCCACCUCUGGUCUGUGCUACCUGCCUCUGUCAAAGGUUGAAGCUCCUGCUCCUGUUGAGAAAUGUUAUCAGUACACAGAGGAGCAAGCCCAGACAGAUCUAGCCAACACUCAAAUUGAGAUCCCUCAUAAGAGUUUUGCAGGAAAGACCAUGAGCAUUUGGGAAGUAAUGAACUCAAAUAUGCUUCCAGAAGAAGAGAGACUGCGCCUCAUGGAGCAAUAUCGCUCUGGGCAAAUCACAAAGGAAAGAAUGCUAAUCAUCAUAAUUGAAAUUGUUGAACAGAGGGAGACUCUGAAGUCAGAGCAGGGCAUGUCAUGUGAUGUAAUCAGAAGAAGAAUAACUAUUGAGGAGCUAUACAGUGCUCGAAUUAUUGACUUGCAAACGUAUAAUCUCUUAAAACAAGAAAAGAUGAGUAUUCGUGAGGUAAUGGAAAUGCCAUCAGUCAAACAAUACCUCUUUGGUACUGGUUGUAUUGCCGGAAUCUUGUCAGUCAAUCCACCAAAGAUCAGCAUUUACCAGGCUAUGAAGAAUGGAAAGAUUAAGCCUGAAGUUGCCUUGACUCUCCUCGAGGCACAAGCAGCAACAGGAUUCAUGAUUGAUCCAGUAAAAGAUGAACUCCUUACAGUUGAUGAAGCUGUACGCAAGGGGCUUGUGGGCCCUGAACUUCAUGACAAGCUUCUUUCUGCUGAAAGAGCAGUUACAGGUUACAAGGAUCCAUACACCGGGAAAGUGAUUUCUCUCUUCCAGGCAAUGAAAAAAGACCUUGUUCCUGAGGAUUAUGCCUUGAGGGUUUUGGAGGCCCAGAAUGCCACUGGUGGAUUCAUUGAUCCUGAAUACUACUUCCGCCUCCCCACCGAUGUUGCCAUGCAGCGUGGAUACAUCAACAAAGAGACACUUGACAGAAUAUCUGAACCUACUGAAGAUGUGCUUGGUUACAUUGAUCCAACAACAGAUGAAAAACAGUCCUACGCCCAGCUACUGAAAAGAUGCAGAGUUGAUAAAGAAAGUAAUUUGCGACUGCUUUCACUGGCAGAUAGAAACCUCCUCUUCAAGGGUCUCAGGAAGCAAAUCACUGUACUCCAGCUGCUUCGUUCACAGAUAAUCACCCAAAAGACAUACGACGAACUCACUGAGGGUCUUAUUUCAGUAGAGGAAGUCAGCAGAGAUGUGAAAAAAUACCUGGAGGGCACCAGCUGUAUUGCUGGUGUGUAUGUAGAAUCUAGCAAAGACCGUCUGUCUAUCUACCAGGCAAUGAAAAAGAACAUGAUCAGACCAGGGACUGCCUUUGAGCUCCUUGAGGCUCAAGCCGCCACAGGAUACGUUAUUGAUCCUAUCAAGAACCUGAAACUAAAUGUCACUGAAGCUGUUAAGAUGAGUGUUGUCGGCCCAGAGUUUAAAGAUAAACUCCUCUCAGCUGAACGAGCAGUCACAGGCUAUAAGGACCCUUAUUCUGGCAAGAUCAUCUCAUUAUUCCAGGCCAUGAAAAAGGGCCUCAUUCUGAAAGACCAUGGCAUUCGUCUGCUAGAGGCUCAAAUUGCUACUGGUGGAAUCAUUGAUCCACAGGAGAGCCAUCGCUUGCCAGUUGAAGCAGCAUAUGAACGUGGCCUCUUUGAUGAGGAAAUGAAUGAAAUCCUCACUGACCCCUCUGAUGACACAAAGGGCUUCUUUGACCCCAACACUGAGGAAAAUCUCACCUACCUGCAGCUGAUGGAGAGAUGUAUGACAGACCCAGGAACAGGCCUUAGUCUUCUGCUUCUGAAAGAGAAGAAGCGCGAGAGAAAGACAUCAUCCAAGUCUUCUGUGCGCAAGCGUAGGGUCGUCAUCGUCGAUCCAGAGACGGGCAAAGAGAUGUCUGUGUCUGAGGCAUACCAGAAAGGGCUCAUUGACCACCAGACCUAUAUGGAGCUCGCAGAGCAGGAGUGCGAGUGGGAGGAAAUUACCAUCACCUCAUCUGAUGGAGUUGUGAAGUCCAUGAUCAUUGACAGAAGGUCUGGGCGGCAGUAUGACAUUGAUGAUGCACUCUCAAGAGGACUGAUUGACAAGUCAGCUCUGGAUCAAUACCGUGCAGGAACGCUGUCCAUCACAGAGUUUGCAGACAUGCUUUCUGGAAACACGAGCGGCAGCAGAUCACGUACAUCCUCCUUUGGCUCCUCUUCCUCUUACCCCAUGAGCCCAAUACCUUCUAUAAAUGUCCCAGCAACCACAUGGAACGACCCUACUGAAGAAACUGGCCCUGUGGCUGGAAUCUUAGACACAGAAACCCUGGAAAAGGUAUCCAUCACAGAGGCCAUACACAGAAACCUGGUGGACAAUAUAACAGGUCAAAGGCUGCUGGAGGCUCAGGCAUGCACAGGAGGUAUUAUCGACCCAAAUACUGGAGAGAAAUUCACUGUUGCAGAUGCAAUGAACAAAGGGCUUGUGGAUAAAGUCAUGGUGGACCGCAUCAGUCUAGCCCAGAAGGCGUGCAAUGGAUUUGAGGAUCCCAGAACCAAAGCCAAAAUGUCAGCAGCCCAAGCUCUAAAGAAAGGCUGGCUGUACUAUGAGGCCGGACAGCGAUUCCUUGAGGUCCAAUAUCUCACUGGUGGUCUAAUUGAACCAGAUGCUACUAGCAGAGUGUCCAUAGAUGAGGCAGUGAAGAAAGGCUCCUUAGAUGCACGCACUGCACAGAAGUUACGAGAUGUUAGCGCAUACUCAAAAUACCUUACAUGCCCUAAAACCAAGCUUAAGAUCUCCUACAAGGAUGCUAUGGAAAGAAGCAUGGUAGAGGAAGGGACAGGCCUGCGAUUACUUGAAGCCUCAUCCCAAUCCAGCAAAGGCCUUUACAGUCCUUAUAGCGUCAGCGGCUCAGGCUCCGCCUCUGGGUCACGUUCUGGCUCAAGAACUGGCUCCAGGUCAGGCUCCAGAAGAGGCAGCAUUGAUGCCACAGGUUCAACAACUACUUUCUCUUCCACUGCCUAUAGUUCGCCAAGCUAUGGCCGCCGAUACUGAUGGGUAAAGGAAUGAUUUCCAAGGGAAGGAUACACUAUAAAGCCACAUUGCUCACCAGAUACUUCUCAGUAGAGUAAAGACUACCAUUAUUCUGCUCUGCAUGUGGUUGUUACAUGACUUUUAAUAUUUCAUUUUCUACAAGUUAAAUAUUUCUUUAUUGUAUUUGUCACAUUUACUUUAACAUAUGUGUAUGGUCAGACUUUCUAAUUACUGUACUGUAAGCAGCAUAUGCAACAGCUGUUUUUUUCAAAAGUGCAUAUAAUAUUCUUUUGGUUUAUAAUACCAUAAGCAUUUACUGUUCCACAAACAAGAUUCUAUUUACGAUAUUGUACUUGGUGCACUAUAACUAAAACUGUUCAUUACCAUUAGCCUGACUGUUAAGGAGAACCAAUUGGGUUUUAAAAGAUAUAUUGUACAUGUGUAUAUUUCUGCAAAAACAAAUGUUAGUUAAAGAAAGAUAAAUGACCCCCUGCAGAGCAGAAUAAGGAUUCUCCCCAAGAUGAAAAACACUAGAAGUGUCUGCUUUAAGAAUGCCAAGCUUCAAGAUCUUUUUCUGGACUAAACUGCUGCCUCAUAUACUCUUCCAAUAUACUCCAUUCCCAGUUGUCUGUCAUAUAACCUGGAGUAACAGCAACAUCCUAACCUUACAAAAUGAACCUCCAAAGAGCAAUCUACCAUAAAUGGAAGAAUCAUGUAUCCUAUUAUAACACAAUCCGACAGAUCCAACCUCAAGACCAACACAAACAAGUCCCUGCCUUUCUGAGCACUUUAAAAGGAUUUUGUCUUCACAGUUCAGUUUGUCUCUAGCUCCUUCUUCAGAUGUCUUCCAGAGACCUGUGGCAUCCACUUGGACUGUGAAAUUCACUGUCAUCAAGGAUUGUAUGCAACAUCACAGAAAAACACUCGCUCAUAUGAAGAUCCUCAGAUUCAUUUAACUGUUGACCAUUUUGAAACUUGCAUCCAAACUCAUUUAAAGGCCUAAACCAUGUAAGUGCCUGCGAAAUACUCUAAAACUCUCUAAUGUGAUGUUGAGUAUUGUAAACAUGGUGCAGUGGUUACAUUGGCUAAUGCAUGUCUGAGAGAGCAAUGCUACCCAUAAUGGAAUGAUUACUGUAUUAUCAGGUAAGCCUUUUACAAUCAAGUCCACUGCAGUUUCUUUCAGCGUCAUAAAUAUAGUCGUCACACAGGGCUUAAAUAUAUGGUUUGAAUGUUUAAUAGCUAAGAUUUAGAAUAUUUGAAUAAUGUUUCCCUACAUAGACGAUGUCAAAUAUGUACUGUACAUUGAUCAUUAUCUCGUGCACUUGCUAAAAGCCAUGAAUAAACAUUUCUUUGAGAAAGAUCUUUAAGCUUCGCCACCAGACCCAGUAUUUGUAUUUUCCACACAAUAUACUUGUUUUGAUUUAAAUCUCCUUUGAAAGCAACACACGUGAUCUAUAUCAUUUUAUUUUAUUACGCAAUAUUUCUGCUUUGCAUGAUUUUACUAACAUUUAAAAAGGUGCAAAAACAAAAUAGUUAUAUCCAUUUAUGCAUUUGUUUUAUUAUUACGUUUCAAAAGGUUUGAAGGAUGUAUUUUAAUGAUGGUUGUCAAGCCUUGUUGAAAAGGGUGUAUUUAUAAUAAAAUGGUGACAAAUAAUGUUAUUGUAACACCUUACGCUAUGUAAAUAAAGAUGGAAAUGAAAGGUU